AUGUCUCCAGUUUCAAAUAGCAGCAGAGCAAAUUGGACGAGAAAUCCUCGAUUAAUAUGCCCCACUUAUUGUUGCCAGCUUUUAACAGAAAGUGCUUUUGUUGGACUAUUUUAUCUUGAACGAUGCACAAUUAAGAUUGUUGUGCCUAAUUUAUCCAUUAGUAGCAUAAAUAUUUUACUAGACAAAUUCUUAACAAACAAAUGUUCUUCAAAAGAUGUUUUUUUAGCCUCUUGGUUAUAUUUAAGUUUCAAAGGCGCUUUAAUGAAACUGCAAGGCACCGAUUUCCAACGCUUUCUUUCAGUGACGCGUCAUUAG